GUUUCAAAACACAUCGCGGGAGAAACUGAGAGACAUUUGCUACGGAUAUUUGUGUAAAGGACGGAUUUGACAGCAGACUGAAAAUCGAGCAGUAUUUGUUGUCUUUGGUGAUUUGAGGAUGUUAUCUCGAAAAAGAAAGCAUGGCUCUCCUGAUGCUGAGAGCAACCCAUCUAAGAAGCACAUAAUAAGCCCGAACAGUACUCCAAGGAGACGAGCCACUAGACAAAAAGAGAAUAUUCCUGUCUCUUUGGCAUCACCCCAAAAGACUCAAGCCGCAUCACAUUCUCUCAGUACACCCAAAAAGAUGCAGAGGUUCUUGUCAUUAGAGUCUCCCCCAAAAAGAGCUUCGCCACGCAAAACAACUCUGCAUGCAGGGUCCUUCUACAGCAAGCAGAAACCUCUAUAUCUCACACCUCUUGAAAGGAAACUGUUAAAAGAAGCCAAAUCUCCACCAUUGAUCUCAAGCAAAGAUCCAUCACACCCCUCUUCAACUGCUGGGUGCCCUGUUAAAAAAACAGUGCAUAAGGUUCCAAAGAAAGUCACUGGUCCCCAGUCUAAUCUGAAAGGUUACUUCACUGCUAAACCCAAGAUUAAGAGUCCAUCUGACAAGAAAACAAAUCCAUCAAAGGGCAUACAAGAGCGACCUCAAGCACCUUUUACAUUUAACAGUAUGAAAUUUAAAGGCAAACCCAAGCUUGUUGUGGGAGCAGCUUUCUUCAACACAGGAAAGAAGCCCACAUCAAUGUUCAAAAAAUCUGCUCAAAAAAAGCCCAAACAAUCUUCAAACUAUGACAAACCCAAUGCUCAGAACUCCUUAAAGGAAAAAGUAGUGACAACAGCACCAGGAGAGCGUUCUCCAGUCCGUCAUGCCGUCUUUUUAAAAAAGCACCUGGAAGUGCCCAAAACGGCAAGUAAACAUGCCAACGAUGAAGUUGCUGAGUCCAGUGAGUCAGCACAGGUGGCAUUGAGUCCUACGCAGAUGUCCCCUCGUGAACUGGCCGGUUUGUAUGGUAUUACAAAAGAGUUAAAGGUGGUUUUGAGGAGAUCUUUUAGCCCCAACAAAUCCUGCUGCUCUGAAGGUUCUAGCCAGAUCUCACCCAGAAAAACUGAUUUGGUCUGUGAUGUGAGUGACAUGCCUUCAUCAGAUCACAACAACUCCUUUGAAGAAGAGUCAUCUUUGUAUCCCAUCUUUGGCUCUAAAAGAUCCCAGAAAAAAGGAACUUUGUCACCUCCACUCAACACCAGCACCCCAUCUGCACUGACUGGAACCCCUGCUCUCAAAGCCAAAGAGAGGAGUGUCAUUAGACGUGAGAUGAAGAAGCAAACCGAUAACCAGCUCAUCAUUGAUGCUGGGCAGAAACAGUUUGGCGCUACCACUUGUGAUUCCUGUGGCAUGCUCUAUAGCACAGAUAGUCCAGAGGACAACUUCCAGCACACACAGUUCCAUCAGCGCUUCCUGGACACUAUUAAGUUUGUGGGCUGGAAAAAAGAGAGGGUUGUAGCUGAGUUCUGGGAUGGAAAGAUCAUUCUUGUUCUUCCUGACGAUCCUAAAUAUGCAACUAAAAAGGCAGAUGAUGUGAGACGCAUUGCAGACAGUGAACUGGGCUUCCAGCAGGUUACUCUCAGCAGCCCGAGCUCCGCUAAAACCUACCUGUUCAUUAACAGUGACAGAAUGGUUGUGGGAUGUCUGGUGACUGAGAACAUUAGACAGGCAUUUCGGGUGCUGGAGCAGCCAGAGAAACCCAAAGACAUGAACAAAGAGGACUUCAUGGAGCACCACAGAGCCUGGUGCUGCUCCACCAUGCCAGAAAAAGGCAUCUGUGGCAUCAGUCGUAUCUGGGUCUUCAGUCUGAUGAGGAGGCAAGGCAUUGGCACUCGAAUGCUGGACACUGUUAGAACGUCUUUCAUGUAUGGAAGCCACCUGACCAAGGAGGAAAUCGCCUUUUCUGACCCUACACCUGAAGGCAAGCUGUUUGCUACAAAGUACUGUGGGACACCAACAUUUCUGGUGUACAACUUUGUCAGUUAAAAGAAUUUUCUUUUAGUUUUACUGCAUUUGUUAAUGAUGCUGAGGAUGUUUUGAAUGGAUUAAAGACGUUCAAAUGUUGUUUAUUAGGUACAUGCCCCCUACGUUGUUCCUACUUUGUACUUGGAGAAAAUCUUUGUCUUCCUCUUUGAGACUGAGGUUUUGUUUUUGAUGUGAUUUCAUUAAUUCAUAUGAAGGGAACAGUUUAUCAUAGCUAAAAGAUUAGUUCUUUAAUUGUGCCGUUAACAGGUUCAGAAUUCUGUCAUUAAUUUCUUCUGAUAAAGUUUUGUAAGGAAAACAAUUUCAAUUGUAAAGUGCCAUGUUUGAGUUUGUACUUUUAAUAAAUGAUCAUAUUCA